AUGGAUCAGAACAGUACAGAUAAGAUUGAAAGUGAGCACGAGGUGCUGGAUGCACUGAUUGUCGGCGCAGGUUUCAACGGUGUUUACCAACUGUACAGGUUGCGCGAGGAAGGGUAUUCCGUACGCAUAUUCGAUGCCGCCCCAGAGCUUGGCGGCAUCUGGUAUUGGAACUGUUACCCUGGUGCCAGGGUCGAUUCUCAUGUGCCAAAUUACGAAUUUUCUCUGGAAGAGGUGUGGAAAGACUGGAACUGGACCGAACGCUUCCCUUCCGGUGAGGAGUUGCUUGCGUACUUUCGCCAUGUCGAUCAGAAGUUAGACAUCAGCCGGGAUGUUCGCUUCAAUACCCGCGUAGUAGCGGCCGAGUUCAGCAAUGAGCACAACAACUGGCUAAUCCGUACCGCAGACGGACACGAGGUACGCACUCGAUUCUUCAUUCCCUGUCUCGGCUUUGCCGCGAAAUCCUAUACGCCGGAUCUGCCAGGCUUGGAGCGCUUCUCCGGCCCUUGCCAUCAUACCGCACACUGGCCCAAAGCCGGGAUUGAUUUCACUGGUAAACGCAUCGGUGUAAUCGGUACUGGCGCAAGCGGCGUGCAGGUCAUUCAGGAAGCUGCGAAAGUGGCCGCCCACACAACAGUCUUCCAGCGCACGCCCAUGUUUGCUCUACCCAUGCAGCAACGACGCUAUACUACCCAGGAAACAGCGGCGAUGAAGCGCGAUUAUCCAGAGAUUUUCCGACGCCGAAACAACGGGAACUCUUCGUUCUACGAUCUCGUGCCCGAGCCGCGAUCUGCAAUGGAAGCAUCGGCGCAAGAACGCCAGGCGGUGUUUGAAGAUGCCUGGCAGCGUGGCGGAUUCAGCUUCUGGGCGGGAACCUUUGCAGACAUUCUGUACAACGAGGAUUCCAAUAUGGAAGCCUAUCGAUUCUGGCGGGACAAAACGCGGGCUCGGGUGAAGGACCCAGUGCUGGCAGAAAAACUCGCCCCAACAGAACCACCACACCCGUUUGGCAGCAAGCGUCCAUCGCUGGAACAGGGCUACUAUGAAUUGUUCAAUCAACCAAACGUGAAGCUCGUGGAUCUGCGCGAAACGCCUAUUUCUGCGGUUGACCCUCAGGGCGUUCAGUGCGCGGAUGAAAGCUAUGCGCUGGACGUCUUGGUGCUGGCCACAGGAUUUGACGCAGGCACCGGCGGCUUUGCGCAAAUUGACAUUCGAGGCACGAGAAACCAGUCCCUCACCGAGACUUGGGCAGACGGCGUGAAAACCCACCUGGGGUACGGCGUGCCUGGAUUUCCUAAUAUGCUCAUGCUCUAUGGCCCACAAAGUCCAACGGCAUUCUGCAACGGACCGACUUGUGCCGAAGUACAAGGCGAAUGGGUAGUGUCCUGUCUCAACCACCUGCGCGAUGAAGGUGCUGUCCGCAUUGAGGCGACUGAUGAGGCCGCCUCGUCCUGGGCCCAGCACAUGCUCGACAUAUCGGAGAUGACGCUGCUGUCACGGGCUCAGUCUUGGUAUAUGGGUGCCAAUGUACCCGGCAAGCGGCGCGAACUAUUGUUUCACCCAGGCGUAAGAAUCUAUCUGGAAAAUGGGCGUUCCUGUGCCGAAAACGGGUAUUCUGGUUUUCAAAUCUCAUAG